AUGGGCCGCCGCUCCGCCACGCGGCUGCUGCUGUGUACUGCUGUCCUCCUCGCCUGCUGCCUUUGCGGCUGCGCGGCGAGGAGGGAGUUCAGCGAGGUCGAAGCGAUGCGGUACCACUACUACGAGGCUGCUUCCUACUGCGGCGCCUCCGAGGUAAACCGCUGGACAUGCGCGCGUGUCUGCUCUAAUGUUCCCGGCUUCGAAACCUAUGCGGUGCUGGACAACGAUGACUAUGGUACGCAAGGGUUCGUCGGCGUCGACCACAACAACUCGCAAAUCGUUGUCGCCUACCGCGGCAGCAGCGACCUGGAAAACUGGCUGAUGGACCUGCUGGCGCUACCUACACCGUACGACAACGAAUGGAGCUGCGGAGACGCGUGCGAGGUGCACAUGGGCUUCAUGCGGAGCUACGACUCCCUACGCACCGAAAUGCACCACGCGGUGCAGACGCUGCUGGGCACCUACCCGAACUACGGCAUCGUCGUCACGGGUCACUCGCUGGGAGGUGCGAUGGCGACGCUGGCUGCUGCGGGCCUGCAGGAGGUGCUGAACGAGGGCAACUUCACGCCGGCUCCGCAGCCCGUCACGCUGUACACCUACGGCUCGCCUCGCGUGGGCAACGCGGCCUUUGUGCAGUGGGUGACGGACCUGCUGUCCAACGGCGCGAGCUACCGCGUCACGCACGAGCGCGACCCUGUGGUGCGCCUGCCCCCCAUCAGCUGGGGCUACGCCCACCUCCCCGGCGAGGUCUUCUACAGACACGAUGCAGUCAGCAGCCGCGUGAUGUGCGUCGACACGGUGACCCAGCCGGACAAGAAGUGCAGCAUCGGCAUGUUCUCUGUUAUUGUUUCGGACCACCUGAACUACAUGGGCGAGUACACGGGGUGUGACAGCGAUUCCCUUCAAGCCAGGGCGCCUGUGCCCGCUCUCCCCAAGAGGCUGUACUUGCUCAUCUUGUGGGAGUACGUCAAGUACAUAUUUUAA